AUGAGUGCCCGCCAUGGUACAGGUAUGUUACGGCAUGUCUCCUUUCCGUUCAGUGCUGCUACAGAUCUGCAAAAACCGUUUGACCUUAACCUAGCCUUGUCAAAUGUGUGCUUCGAUCCCGAUCUACAAAACUCAGAAGAAUUAUCUGAAGCAGACAUUCCAAGGAUUUCGACCCGUAACUUCGGCCAGUGCUAUUAUGAAUCUUCAUACGAUGAUUUCUCUAUGAGAGUUACAAUGCUAGCAAUGUUACCGUUAGCUCAGGAGAUAUCCGAUAUUCCACGCUGGAAGAGUGUGAAAACUAUGAAACCUGAAAUUCCAGAGCAACACGGAACAGCAAAUCGUAUUCAGUUUUCUUACCGUCUUUACGGACCUUUCAAACACCUUCCAUCCACACAAAAGUAG